GCUGCCCCCGCCCUCGCUCCCUAUUUGGAGCGGAGACUCCCUGACGUCGGAGCCGCUCCGCUCGCCGCUCCCCCGCACCGCGCGCCCGCCCGGGCCGCAGACGGCGCUCCGCGCAGCCCAGCCGAGCCUCGCGGGGCCGCCCCAGCCCUGCCCGCCGCCUCGCCCAGCCUCCCGGAGCGCCGGGGCCCGCACCCGGCUCCCAGGACCCGGAGGGUGCGCUGCGCUCCCCGCUGCCGCCGCCCUGCGCGUUCCAGGGCUCCGGAGGCUGCGGGCACCAUGCUUCGGGUGCUGCUGGGGGCCGUCCUCCCUGCCGUGCUGCUGGCCGCGCCCCCGCCCAUCAACAAGCUGGCCCUGUUCCCGGACAAGAGCGCCUGGUGCGAAGCCAAGAACAUCACCCAGAUCGUGGGCCACAGCGGCUGCGAGGCCACGUCCAUCCAGAACAGGGCGUGCCUAGGCCAGUGCUUCAGCUACAGCGUCCCCAACACCUUCCCGCAGUCCACAGAGUCACUGGUGCACUGUGACUCCUGCAUGCCGGCCCGGUCCACGUGGGAGAUUGUGACGCUGGAGUGCCCGGGCCAUGAGGAGGUGCCCAGGGUGGAGAAGCUGGUGGAGAAGAUUCUGCACUGCAGCUGCCAGGCCUGCGGCAAGGAGCCCAGCCACGAGGGGCUGAGCGUGUACGUGCAGGGCGAGGACGGGCCGGGCGCCCCGCCGGGCACCCACCCUCACCCGCACCCUCACCCCCACCCAGGGGGGCAGACCCCGGAGCCCGAGGAGCCCCCCGGAGCCCCCCACACCGAGGACGAGGGGGCUGAGGACUGACCUGCUCCCCUCAACUCUUCCUCCCCACCCGCCCCCCUGUGGAAUGUUGGGUCUCAUCCUCUGGGGUGUGGGGGGGAAGGCAGGAGCCCCCCUUUACCCCCAGCCCUGGAUGGACUUGGAGUCUGACUGGGACUUGGAAUGCUGCUCGGUUACCAUGGAGACCCGGAGGGGCGGGGCUGGAGCGGGGCUGCCGGAUUUAAUAGAUGGGGAGUGAGGCCUUUCCCCCACUCUCUCUGGGGAAGGGGGAGCCCUUCCUUGCUGCCUUCUAGAGCUGCACCCUUGGGGAGCUGCUGAGGAGUGAGGGGAGACCCCCCCAAGAUGGCCAGAGCCCCCUUCCCCCGGCCUCCUGGUGGGGCUGAGGACAGGUUCGAGGCCCGCCUCUGCCUUGCAGGAAGCGUGGCUGGGAAGACAGCCCUGGAGUUCUGUCUUUGUGUUUGUUCCCCGUCCCUUCCCCAGGACACAGGGUCUCUUCCACGCAGGGACUUGGGGGGGGGGGGCAGAGCCCUGUGGACCCUCCAGGCCUUGCUGUGCCACCCGUGGCAUGUCUGCUGUUGGGGGGGGGGUUGGGAUGGGGGUAAGGGAAGAGCCCUCCUGGUCAGAGGGAGGAGGGGUCGCCCCUCCCCACUGUUGAGUGCCCAGCGCCUCGCCUGCCCCUCAGGACGCUGGCAGAGCCAGCCCCGGUGUCGCUCCUGGUGUCCCAUGGCAGGGGCCGGAGUAGAUGCCCCAUGAGCCUCUAGGACGAGGAGGCCCCUGUGGGGGGGCUCGUGUUGGCCUCCCCCCCCCAUCCAGCUCCCCAUUCCCCUCCCCACUCCCCGCUGCACUUUAACCUUGGAGAGAUGGGGGGGGGGUGGGCAGGCGGGCGGUGAGGGGGACCCUUCUGUCCUGUGUCCUCCCGGUGUGGUUCCUUUGUGCCCAGGGUGGGGCCCGCCCACCAUCCCGCCGCCCCCCCCCCGGGGAGGGGGGCUGCCCCGUCCACGGCUGUUCUGACAAGAGCUUCCGCAGAGCUUGUGACCAGUACACAUCUCCACCCACCUGAGUCUUCUCACCAAUAAAUGCCUUCAGCGCC